AUGAAGAAAACACAUACAAGAUAUUUAGUGGAAAUACCUACUCAUGAAUAUUAAGAUAAGAAGGUCUAUUAUGUUAUAAAGGUAACUAAUUUAGACACAAAGGAUUUUAAAGAAGUUAAAAAACGAUACUCUGAAUUAGAAUCUAUUCACUAUAAAAUUUUGGAAUGGAUCAACAUUUUCAAAAUUAAAAUCCCUUAGUUAUAAUUUCCAAAAAAAAAAAUUCUUUUCAGUACUAAUCUAUCUGAAGAGAGUAUUAUAAAGCGAGUAUUUUCAUUUAUCUAUGUCAGAGAUGUGAAUUAUAGUAAUAUUUUAAUGGUGUUUUCUAACAUCCUGAAUUAUAAAGUUUGGGAUCAAUAGAGGAGUUUAUUCCUGUGACUAAAAAUAGAAAUCUGCCUGAACAGAAUUAAAUAAAUCAAAAUUCAAACAAUUAAUGGUCAGAAAUUGAAGCUUUAAAGAAAUCUUACUUGGCCAAAUAUGAAAAUCAGGUUUUUUCAUUACCUUAAUAAAAACCUCAAUAAUAAAUCAAGUAUAUAUGAUUUAUAUAUUAAUUUUAGAUAGUAAUAUAGUUUUAAAUUUGUAGAGCAUGCCUUUAUUGAUAAUUCAGCAAUUUAUACAAUUGAAAUCACAGAUCAUUAUGCCAAUAAGAGUUGGAAAUUUAAUUAAAGAUAUUAAGAUCUUAAGGAAAACCAUAGAUAAUUAAAAAAAAUAAAGAUAAACUUUGAAUUACCAGAAUUUCCUUAAAAAAAGGUUAUAAAUUCUAUGGAUAAUAAUGAUUUAAAAGAUAGAAAAACUUAAUUGGAAGUCUAUUUGAAUUCAAUAUUUAAGUAUGUUGAUAAAAAUAUAAAUUUAGAUAUCAUGAAUUAGUUUAAAGUAAUCUUAUGGUAUUCUUUAUUGCUAAAAGUCAAUUAGAUGGUAAUGAAAUAGGAUGUAGAUCAAAAGGUCCAUCAUAAACAACAUUAGAAAAUUCAAGUAUUUAAAGCCAAACAAAUAACUUGGAUUAAAAUGAUGACUUUGAUCCAAAGCAACCGAGAAAAAUAACAUGUUGA